GUUUACUGUGCUCUUUCCUGAUUCAUCAAUGGUGAAGACAAUCAUCUAUUUAUACUUCCUAGACAAUUAUGAAUGAUUUGAGAUCCAAAUGAGCUAAAGUAUAAUAUCUCUACUGUCAGUGAUUUAUGUAACAAUUGGCCUCCCAUACUUAAACCACAACUUUAAACCUGAGUUUAAGUUAAACCUGCUAUCAGAAUACGGGCCAUGGUAUUUUUCUCGUAUUCGGCGCGCUCAACUUGAAUACAACGUGCGUGAGAGUCGAGGCGGCUGCUCUAGCUGAUCAACGAUAUGAUAGGCCUGCGCUGCCUGCGUAGGCCUUAAUUUAGGUCAAUUUUGCAUUGUAGUCGGAUCUGUGAUUGUUUUGAAGCACGGUCGUACUCAUUGUGAUUUGUGGUCCUAAGUUGAAGAGACAGCAACUGCAGAAAGCAACUGAUUUCAGAUCUGAUGUGUUUGCUGUAAAGUGUAUUUGAAGAAUUUCAUCACACAACAUGGAAGUUGCAGACUACCAGUCAGCCUUUGAAGAUUACCUGCGCAACAAGGAGACCUUCAAGUGCUCCAAGAAAGAAAUGGAUUCCUUCCUGCUAACUCUACCCAUUACUAAAGAGAUCAGGAAUCAUUUGAAGAAAACCACUUUGGAAAAUCCUCCUACAACUCUUGAGGUUCUUGGCCAGACAGUAUCUCUUUCCAGUAGCUAUAUCAAGGGUAUAAAAGCAAUACAGAACAUUCUGAAGAAAGACAAGAGUGAGAAUAUAAAGUUGAGCUGUAUCAUCCAGCGUAUUCGUGACUUGAUGGGCAGUACCCAUAACAAGCUGGUUUGGGAGAUUUCAACGAUUCUUGACAUUUCAGGUGAAAAGAAGGUUUCUCUAGGGAUUUGUAAGAAGAAGCAACGCUUAUGUGAUGCAAAAGUGAAGAUGCAUCAUUAUCUCCUGAUGGAAGGAUUGCAAGAUGUUAUUGCCAGUCUUACAGAAAAUGGACCAAAUUCUGUAGAGGAACUGUGGAAAUCUUGUAAAAGCUCAUCUGCUCCACUUGCUAUGUCAAAAGUGGGCAUGAGUCACAGAAGAUUUGAGGCGACACUGAUGAGCUAUCCUGAAGCUUUCCAAGUUGAAGAUGGUAAAAUGUUCUUAAAUGAAAACCCGCAAAUCACAUACUCUGUGAUCCUUAGCCAUAUGCAGUCAGGUAAACUUAAGCUCAGAGAUCACCUGUAUAACCAAGGUGCACUUCUGAAGAAUGAGCUGUUCCAUUCAGCCCCACAUCUCCUUAAUAGAGCAGAAAUGCUUGCAAUGGGAGAAGGCAUGGAAAUGUUCAACUUUACUCUGCAGUCGCUGAGUAAUGACUUUCUUAUCAUAAUUCCUCACAUGCUAGUUGUUGUCAAAGGAACAUCCCAGAUACAGGACAACCCCUUUGUAAGUGCCAUCUCCAAGAUCAAAGGUUUCAUCAGAAUUGCCCAAGGUUCAUCUCAAGCUCAGAAUAAUCCUUUGGUGAGUGCGGUGUCCAGGUUCAAAGAUUUUGUCAGAGGCAAAAAUACUGGAGACAUCCCUACAAUGAGUCAACUUUUGGUAUUCGUCAAUGAUACACUGAAUCCGAGAGAGCAAGCAGCUGUUGGAAGCACUAGCCACAAGCUCAGAGAAACAAUCACUGCAUAUCCAGACCACUUUGCCGUGAAUAAUGACAGGGUGUUUGUCAAGUCGGAUGAUGUCAUUCUUCCAGAUAUGAAUUCAAAAGUUGCACAUAAUACUUCAGUUACCAUAGAAGAUCAAGCAGGUGAUAGAAAUGGAUGUUUGCCAGAUCAGUGCACUGAAUCCUCUGAAGCUCUGGCACACUCUAAUGCUCUUGAUCAAGAAAUAGAGUCACUUCAAAUUGGUAUUGAUGUUAGUAGCUCUGUUCUAAGUACUGAAGAUUCUGAAUUGUCCCCAAACUCUGAUGAUUCUAGUCUGGAUGCUGGUUCUCUUGGCACAGAAAAUGUAUGUACACUAUGUACAAGCACUUUAAGCAGCUCCAUCCACAACACUGAAAAACCAGGAUGCUCAGAAAACUUAGGUUCUGUUGAUGAUCAUGAAACAAAUUUGCCACAUUCAGAUAACAUAGAAUGCAGCUCAGUGCAGUAUGCUGAAGAUAGUAGAGACACUCCUGAUCGAGACCAUGGUUCACUGAUCACGGAUGAUGCUGUAUCUAGCACUGGACAACUGGAAGGCACAUCAAACUCUGAUGCCCUUGAUCAGAAGACAGGAUCACCUUGCACUGAUGAUGGUGUUUAUAGCUCUGUUCAAAAUGUUGAACUUCCUGAAGACUCGGCAGACUCUGACCUGUGUGAUCAAGAAACUGAUUCAUCCCAUACUAAUAAUGAGGCAUGUACAUGUAGCUCUGUCCAAAACGUGGAACUCCCUGGCGGCAUGCAAGUCUCUGAAACUUCUGAUGGAGAUACUGAUUUGUUGUGCAAUGAUGAUAGUUUUCAUACUCAGAUCACAGACCAACGUGAAGACUCUGUAAACUCUGCCUCUCUUGAUAAAGAAAAACAUGUUCCAGAAAAUGAUAAUGAUGUCUCCAACUCUAUUCAGUCCACUGGUCAGUCUUCUGCAGACCUCAGACCCUCAGACCUUGUUGAUCAUGGCCCAGCAUCACCUAGAAGAGGUAACAAUCAAUGUAGCACUGAUCAUAUCACUGGCCAUCCUCUAAACUUGGUAAAUUCCAAUGGCAAUAAAGACUUACCAUGCCCCAGCAAUGAUGUAAGUAGCUUUGUUAAAAAGACUGAAUGUUCUGAUGAUGUCCCAAACUUGGACACUCUUGAUAUUGACACUGAUGUAACAUACUCUGCUCAUGAUAUUGCACGCUACUCUCAGAAGACCAAAGAUUUUGAAGAUUUCUCAUUUUCAAAUAAGAGAUCUUCACUUCAGACCAUUAAUGACGAACUUGAUGGUAGCUUGGAUCAGUCUAUGUCUUUAGGGCAAGAUGAAGUUGAAUCUCUUGGGAGUGACAUCAUAUCAGACUCCGAGUCUCUUCAUUCUGGGAUGAGUAAUGAAAUAGGGAACCUGGAACCAGCUAGUGCACCUGCAGAAACAGAAGGUCAGGAUACAGUUACUGUUCUUCAGGACUUCAACUAUUUUGGUGAACUGAUCAAAGAUUUUCUAAGCAAGUCAAUCUAUCCGAUACUUUCUGUGUCUUUAUUUGAUGGUUGGUUGAUUGUUGGUCUCUGGGAUGGCCCUACGUUUGCUAUCUCCUUCACCUUGACAUCUGGUGAUCAGAAGAAGGUGCUUGGACCGUCAAAAAGGACCGCAUUGGAUUUCUUGACCAGUGGGUCAAUCUUGAAGGUUGUGUUUGGUAAGAAGCUUCUUACAGAGGUCAGUGAUACUAUGGGAAUCAAGAUGAUCAAUGUGUUUGAUUUGCAGGAGGCAGAACGUCUCAUAAAAAACAAUGCCAAGAAAUCCCAGACAUUGCCGGAGUCUCUGAAUUUUUUUGGCAUCGAUCCUUGUCCUGUUGUGGAGGUGUGCAUAGGAACCAUUCAAGCUCCUAGCUCUGGUGAGGUAUACAGCAAGGAAGCUAUCCUCAAGCUCAAGGAAACAGCAAGAUGGACCAUGAAGCAAGUCCCAUAUCUCUAUCAAAAGAUGUUAGGAAUGAUGUUGCCACAUCAGAUCACCGAUGUGAGCCAACUAUACUGUAGAGAAGUUGAAGAUCUACCUUCAACAUCAAGCAAGACAAAAGAACCUCCCUACGGUACUACAAUAUCUGGGACCAGUAGCCAGAAUCCCUCUGCAUCUUCAGCAUCAGUGAGUGUUUCUCAAGAUUAUUCCCUUGUGACAUCAUCUACAACAUCGCAGAAGCUUGAUCCAGUAUCGUCAGCGAAAGAAAAGGCCACUUCUGAGAAGCCUGUGUCGGUUCAUAGAGUGUCAUCCACUUCUGAUGACUUAGUUGAACCUGAAACUGUGAGUCAAGCCCGGCCGACUAAUGGCCUAGUUGAUAUGGAGGAAAACCUUCAUCCUGAUCUACUGACAGGGCCUGGGCCGGAUUCCAUCCUACCUGCCAAAGACAAGGAAUCCAGGCCAAUCAGCUCCAUUACCACAUCUCGUAGAUCAGAAAAGAAACACAUAACAAUGCCGCAAGAAAAAGCCACUGAUAAGGUCCCCAAAGGAUCGGGAAGUACCACCCCACAGACGGCUAGUGAACAAGAGAUGUCUCAGCAGUCGUCACCAAUGGCCAAUGACAAAGUGAUCCACUACGAUGAUGCAGGAAAACCAACUCUCGUUCCUUUUACAAGCAAGCUAGCUAACGAAGCCAUCAAUCCAUGCCAGAUCACCCAUGAAUUAGCUGAAGAGUUUGGUGAGAUCGUGAAGCGUGACCAGGAGAAGUUUGUUGAAGCCUUCGGUAUCUGCAUCAAGUAUAGUUUGAAGAAGCUUGCAGAGACAGAUGAAUCCCUUUCCCUUGACCAACUUACAGAGGUUGUCAUGGAUUUAGGGAGAAAACCAAGCGCAAGGUAUUACCAACCAGAGCACGCGGGUCAGCUGAAAAUAAAGACUCUUACCGACAAACAACCAACAAAGCAAGAUGUGAAAGAUUUUGUGAAAAAACACUGUUCACCUGUAUCAGGUGAUCGUAAAACUUCAAUCAAAGAUACACUCCACAGAGUAGGGAUUAUAUGCAAUCGUAGGAAAGAACCAAUAGGACUUACAGCAUUGACAAGGCAUGCAGUCCUAGGAUGUGUAACCCCUCUCUUUGACCUCAUGAACCAGGGACAGUCCGUUCUGAUCAUAGGGAAUCCUGGUGUUGGAAAAAGUACCAUAUUUAGGGAAGCAGCCAGGGUGAUAAAUGAUGUUGCAAUGAGGCGUGUGGUCGUUGUUGACACAUACAAUGAGAUUACUGGUGAUGGGGAUGUGCCACAUCCAGCUAUAGGUGGGGCUAGGCGUGUUCAGAUUCCAGGCCGGGGUUCACAGUCGGACAUGAUAAAGGAAGUAGUGCGGAACCACAGCCCUCUGACCCUUGUCAUUGAUGAAGUCGCGACUGAAGCGGAUGCUGCAGCGGUCCUUGCCACCAGACAGAGGGGUAUCCAAGUGAUUGCUGCAGUACCUGGACAGACCCUCCAGGAUGUCAUCCUCAACCCCAAUCUGAAGCACCUCUCUGGAGCAAUUCAGAACAUGGUCUUUGGCCAUCCCGGUCAGCAGGUUGUCGCAGGACGCACUGCGAUGCAGAGGACACAGCCAGCAGCCUUUGACAUCCUGGUGGAAAUGUAUGAUCGAUACCGCUGGAUUGUGCAUACGGACUUCACUCGAGCCAUUGACCUCUGCCUUCAGAGAGUACCAGUUGGUGUCCAGGAGAGAAGAGUGUUCAUGAAAAAAAUAUCAGAAGAUACCAAAGGAGUUCCUCAAGUGGUAGUGAAAAACCUUGUGGUUACCUAUCCCCUAUAGUCAGAGAAUUUACUACACUGUUUCAUGAACCAUUUUUAUUACACUAUUCUGCUCAGUUUGAGUUGAUUGAAUAGGAGAUAAAGGUUAUUUUUCUAGUGGGAAGAAAUUAAAAUCACAUGAAUUUUGAAGUAGUAGACAAGCAAUGAACUUUUAAAUAGACCUUUAGCAAAUGUUUAACUUAUGUGAAGUUUAUGAAUGCAGAAUUUACUGAAUUGAAUUCCUUGGUAUUCAAUCAUUCCAUUAUUAUUAGUAGAAUUAGUAUUAGUAUUGGUAUUAGAUCUAAUUCUUUAUCUGCAAAUUUCCUUCCUGUGCUUUCCAGUCAUGUCUUUUAUGAUAAGAUUAUCAAGAGGGUACCCAAUAGCAUAGAAUCGUAAGAACAAUAACAUUGACAAUAAGACUAUGCAGUGUUUGUGUACAUAAUUGUGGUUAUUUCAUCUCAUGAACAGUUCACCGAGAAAGGUCCAACAAUGAAUGUGCAGUGAAGUUGGUUUCACGGUACACCUUUUCUCUUUCGUGGGCAAUUGUUGGUCCUGAAUAAUACCACCAAACUUGACAUUUCGACAAGUGUGUUCUUGUCAUCUUCAUGAGAAUGUACACUUUUGGCACUCAAUUCAUGAUUAUACAAGAAAUCUGCACAGUCCAUAGUUUUUAUACUCCCACUUUUAACUUCUUUUGUAGAUUCAGACUUAUAAGCUUUGGUUAUUGUGUAUGAGGAAUCGUGAUUGUCCCAAUUUUGUUUUCUUCUUAUUUUGUGCAUAUGUGUAUUUAUAUUAAUGUGAUGGCAUGUGUGAGUUGGUAACAUAUUUGUGGUAUGGUUACUGUCAAGAUUAGCAGACAAGUUUGUUCAAUCAUUCCAUUGUACAUUGAAGUGAGACUGGUCAAAUUUUUUGGUGUGGAAUUCACUGUCCAAGACUGAUUAAUAAGUUCUGGAUUUUAAAGGUGAUACAAUUAUAGGGUGUCAUGGCAGUGCAUGGGCACUUAUGCAUGACUGUAAGCCCAACUUAACUCCUUGUGAAACACACUUGCCAGUAUUUUGACAAUGUAUGUGACAUCCUCCAUUUCCAUCUUAUUGUCAUAUAAUAAGAAAUAUGGAUACAAAGCUCUGUGUCAUUCUUUUCACUUGUAUACUGGGCAACCCUCUGCUGUACAAUGGAAGCACAUUUCCUGUGAAAUUGAAAAUAAUCUACCUAACAUUUAUUGCCAAACUUAUCUCUUAGUGCUAGGGUGGUUAUUCAUUCAUGAAAUAUCAACUCAAAGGCCCAAAUUCUCAAAAGGGAUUUUGAAUGCAUGAUUUAUAGCAUAAAAUUAAUAAACAAAAACAGUGGACUAAUCAAUAAAAACAGGAUUCAUUGAAACUGUAACCUUAGUAACAACGUCAAAUUAGCAUGCUGUGAUUAAAGCAUGUAUCAUUGUUGGACGCAUUCUCAAUAUAUGCACUGAAUUAAGCAUAAUCAAUUCAACAAAUCUGCAUAAACCAUGGAUUCAAAAGCACUUUUGUAUUCUGGCUUUUUUUAUGUGCAUGUCAUUUCAGUUUUGAUAAUGAUCUCAGAAUGAGUCAUAACAUUAUCUAAUGUAAUGACCAUCCAAAUAUUUGUAUUUGUGAAUAGAAAUUAUGUGUCAGAUGAUUCUGGUAGUAAAUGCUUUUAAUUCUGAGAAAUUGACAGAAUUCGAGAAAAUAACCUCGGUAAUUCUGCCAGGUUACUUGUCUUUUUUCAAGCAAUAAUAGUGCAUGUUCUCAGAUGUACUUAUUGUUAAUAUCUGUGUUGUCAACCAACAGCGUGCCCAUCUUUCAGCUUAGAUUUUAUAAUUUCUCAGAGUGAGUUCUAGAUAUGUGGUGAUAUGGCAGCAAUAAAUUUAAUGACUCUGUAAUUAAUUUCUUGCUUCAAAUUCUUGAUAUUAGUUCAGUUUUGAUGUUUCUCGUUGUUCCUGUUGCCAUUGUUUGGGUAAAUUGCAAUUUCGUCUAUUGCCAACUCAUUCACUCAUCACAUCUAUAUAUCUAUGGUCUAUCUUCAUUUAGUAUAAUGCCAUUCUGUCCAUCAACAUUUUGUCUAUCAACCAUUUAGUCCAUUAACCAUUUGGUCCAAUAAUCACUUUGUCUAAUCACCAGUUCAUCUAUGACCAUUUCAUCUCAUAACCAGUUGGUCUAAUACCCAUUUUCAUGUCAUUCAUUUUGCCAAUUAGUCGGAUUAGGCCAAAUGGUAUAUGGACUAAAUAGCUAUUGGACCAAGUGGUUAUUAGAAGAGAUGGUGAGUGGACGAAAUGGCAAUUAGACCAUAUAGAUAGUGGACUGAUGGUAGACCAAAUGAUAAUAGACGAGUUGGUAAUGGACGAAUUGGGAUUAGAAAUUAAUUAUGUAGGGCACCAGCUUGCACAACUCAUAUCCAUCAUACAGUGCCACCUUAAAUGUUAUGACAAAAAGUGAAGCCAAAGAAGAGGUGAUACUGACCCAUUUUAUUGUAGAAUAUAUCAUCUUGUGAUAGAAAGUGACAAUAUGUGUUACCUAUGAGUUAUCAAGUUUUAAUGCUUUGUGUGUUUCUGUAUAUAUACAUAUUUUGGUUUAUACGUGUAUGUACUUAUCAUGUAUUUACAUCUAAAAAUAUCUUCCACUGCCAAUAUUCCAACCAUGGAAUAUUGUAAAUUCAGGUAUUGAUAUGAUUUGUUAUGGGCUAGUGUGUAAAAAAAUCAAGUAUUUCAAAUAAUCAUGAAAGUUAUACUAAAUGUAAUUGGACAUAUAUUUUUGAUAACCACGGUGUGCCUAACUGCAUUAUGAUAAUCAGUAUUAAAUAGAAUAACUGAACACAGAGUUCAGCCUUUAUAUCACUCAGUUAUGUUAAGAAUUAAACAAAUAUAUGAUUGACAUUCAGUAUGCAGAGAUUGAUAAUACUGUUCAGGUGAAUAUAUGAGUUUAUUUUGUGAAGUAUGUUUGAUGGUUAAAUGGGUUUGUCUGGUUAUCAGCACUUUUGUAGGACAUGUGCAUUCUCUCAAUAUUUGUUUGAUAUUUUUGUUCAUUCAUGCUGUGAAGUUUCUUCUUUGGUGUCUGGUUUAAGGUUUAGAUUUGUUGUCAUUUUUUUUCUUCAUUUAUUUCAUUGAUUUAUUUAAUUAUUCAUGAAAUAUAAAAAUACAAAAGUCUCAUGUGAGUACCUCAUACCCCCCUCUAAAUAUCUAAGAACAAACCUUACAUUACACACAAGUGUCACUAGAAUAGGAUUCUUUGGGAUAAAAAUAAUUUUGGGAAAUGUUAGUAAUGGUUAAUGACGAUUUGGGGUUCUUAUAAUCAUGGAAACUAGAGUUAAAAAGAAAAUUUGAAAUUUUAUGGCCAGGUUGGCAAAUUACACUCAAACAAAUAAACAAAAUAAGCAAUAUUAGAAAUAUUCACAGUAUAUUCAUUUAUGAUCUUAAUGACUGAAGAAUAGUGAAAUGUGGAGUAAUUGACUCUUUCAUGCAUUAUCAUGACAUAAAAAUGAUUUAAGUAAAUUUCCCAUUGAGAUGCAUUUGUUUUGAUAUCUUAGAAUAGUGAAUGUUCUUUGUUAUUCCAUAGAUUAUCAUGUAACAAACAGCAUAUGAUUUUAUGAUUCAAUGAAUUUUCAGAAUGGCUUUGGAUGGUUUUCACUUCAACAAGUUACAAAAAGGAUAUUUUUUAUUUUUCAUUUAAGUGGCAACUGGUCGUUGGAAACUUGAAACAUCAGAUAUUUCAAAGAAUACCAUUAUGAAGUUGAGGGUUUCAUCAUAACAGAUGUACUGGAUAUCAAAUUAUUUUCUGGAAUUUCCAAAAGCUCAUUCCCCCAGUUUAUUGAUGAAGCAGCUCAUUCACCCACCAGAGAUGUGGAAAUGGGACCCCACCUAUCCAAGAAGAGGGUCCUUUUUAAGGGGUGUGGAUAUAUUGAGGGUUUAAUAUGCUUUUAGCAUUACUUACAUGGAAAUUGAGUUUUAAUAUUUUGAAUUUAUAAUGUACAUUCAUUCUCCAUCUAUGUUCAUCAUUAUAUGUCUAGUUGUAUGUAAGUCUUCCAUUCUAAUUAAUGUACACUGUCUUUCGGCAGCUAAGGUGUCAAGUAUGAAAUGAUUGUGAUAUAUUUUGUCAAAGGGUAUAGUUUAAGUCUUCUGUAAGGUCAUAUGUUUAGGCACGUGAAAUAAAUGAGGUAGGGAAAAUAUUUGAUUGCUCAGAAUUUUUCAUUGGGUGUUGUGAUAGCGUUAAAGUUAUUAGCGCAUACAUGCGUGUCGAGCAGUGUGCUUACACACAUUGCUUUGUGUUGCCAAUGGAGAGUUUGAUUAAUUCUGCUAUUUAAAUAGAAAUUGGUCCCGUUUCUUAAAACUUGUUACAAAAAAUUUUCAUUAACGUUUAAAGCUACAGAAAUCUUUCAGUUUGAUUGGCUGAUAUUAAACUUGUUAAAGAAAUUGUGCAAUUGUUAUUAUAAAAAUUCUUCAUGAAACCAGACCCUGAUAUUUGAAGAUUGAAAUUGGAAGAUAUCAUAGCAAGACAAAAUUUAACAGAUUUCCAUAUAUGUCUAAUGAUUUAGGUUGUGACUUUCAUGUUUUCCUCUCAUGUCUUCCGCUCCACCAAACAAAAUAAUAUGGUAAUGAAAAAUAUGACAGAGGCCUUAUUUUUCCAAUUCAUAUUGUAUUGAUAUUGUUUUCAAAAUCAUCAAAAUGUCAGGAGCCUGACAUUUGAAGUGCACUUAAUAGCAAAAAACAAAUUGAAAUAAAUAUCCAUCUAGGGUCUGUUUCAUAAAGACUUAUGACUAUUGUAACUUUCAUGGAAUCCUUUAUUGUGAUUGGCCAUUGAGCCCUGUUUCCAUGGUAGUUGCUUUAAUGUCAAAGUUUACACAGUUUUCACUCUUUAUGGAAUGGGCCCCUGGCCUUUGGUUUUCCUCUUCCGCAUUUCUUGACUCUCGUGUUGAUGUGAAAAAAAAAUGAAUUCAAUAGUAAUGUGCUUGUGAUUUCAUGCUGGUCAGUCUCAUGCUAUUCAUUCUUAUACGUUGCAUUCUACAUUGUUCAAAGUGGUGAUGGGGGGGGGGGGGUGGGUCUUAAUCCUUUUUGGACACAUACACACAGCACCAAGGUUAUGGAAUAAUUGUUAUUAUUUUUAUCUGCAGUGUAAUUUUUUGGUAAUAAAUAAAACAUUUACUUUUACAAGAAA